AUGCUUCCGAGGUUCUCACCAGCACCUCCUCCAGCGGAACCUGCCGCCCUGGACCUCCUUCUGCGUGAAGUACAGCGCCGCCAACAACGACCAGUUUGGUUUAUCCAACUUCAACUGGGAAGUGAAAGGCACAAAUUACCACGUCCUCCGGACAGGCUGCUUCCCAUUCAUUAA